UGGCCUUUGUUACACAAACAGAGCUUCAAAUUUAAAUCGUGAUGCAAAGAAGAAAAACAGUACUCCACAACUUAGAAGACCUUGUUGCGUGACCCUGUCUUGCGGUGCGGGAAUUACCUUUCCGCAGCCGAACUCCUGGGUAAAGAACAAAUUUGGCCUCGAAGCAGCAUGGUACGAUAAAGGAGAUCAGCUAGAUCCAUCUCUUCCAUGGAGGAAGAUAGCUUAACGUUCAUACCAUAAUGAGGUCGUGGUUCACCUAACUCGUCUCAUGGUUCAGACUUAGACGGACAACCAUAUCAAUCCAUUGUUCCCAAUUAGCUGCAUCGUUGGCUGUCAAAAUCCCUGAAAUUCAUGGCCUCGUUUCAAGUAUCCUCGCUCUCAAUCAACAUUUCAGCACUGAUAUUCUGACUCGGUUUAUUUUCGCAAGUUCAGACUUUUCAAUCCUUGUAGUGCCAUGUGCUAAUGGACCCUUUCUUGCUUUCAUCUGCCUCUGCUGAUUGUAUUUACCACAUAAAUGGUGUCUUCAUCGCUGGCGUGUGUGGUCCCAUAUUUGAUGUUCAUUCUUGUUUCUCUUCUCAUUCGUGUCAGUGAGGGUGGUCCGUCGUCUUCUCCAUCCACUAUCUUUACAUGAACCCCAGAGUAAAGUUUGUGGCUGGUUUAACGACUAAAUAUGGCUACGAGCGCUGUUGACAUCGCGGAUCUUCCCCACGAUAGCCGUCAGGCCCAGGCAUUCGCUAUAAUUUUCGUGUUUCCUUUUAUUGCUACGAUUGCGCUUGCUUUAAGGUUGUAUAGUAGAUCUCUGACUAGAUCAUUUGCUGCAGGUUAGUAAAGGCUACAGGACAUUCCCACUCAUGAAUGGAACACUGCUAAUAUUGUGCAGAUGAUUGGGUCAUUUGCUUUGCGAUGGUAAGUCUUACAGUUUCUAGCCAUGAAAGAGCACCCAACAAGGGAUUAUCUUGGACACCCAUCGAUACGCCGUCAGGGUUGUCAUUGGAUUUCGGCUUAGGGCAUGCUUUGAUCUCUUGGUCAUGGCUUCUAGCAAGAUCUUUCACUGAACUUUAUUCUAGAUUCUUUACUGGGCAGAGACAUAUACUUCAUACAAAGGUAAAGUCAAUCCUUCAUAGCCUUCCUAACCCACAACGAGGCUGUCUAACAAACAGUAGUGGUAAUAUAUAAUUGUAUCGGGAUUCACAUGUGGGACGUUCCGAAGGAUUGGAGCUCUGUACCUGGCGCAAAAUAUGGCUAUGCGGUUCGUCUCUGACACAAAUCCUUAACCAUUCCGUUGCUAAUAUUUCUAGACCGAACUUCUUUAUAAUCCUAUUUUGGCCCUCGUAAAGACCUCCAUCCUCCUCUUCCUCCUCCGCCUUACCGGGCAAAAAACCGAUGUCAGACUGUCGAUUAUUGGUCUUUUGAUAUUCAAUGGUAUCAUGAUGGUUGUGACAUUUCUGCUCACGACUUUUCAUUGUGUUCCCAUUGCAGCAAACUGGUAUCCUGAACUGUACCCUGAUGCUGUGUGCAUGAAUUUCGCGAACUUUGUUACCGGCACAGCCAGUGUUAGCGUUUUGACCGAUGUGUUGGCUUUGUGGAUGCCAACCUGGAUUGUCUACAAUUUGCAGAUUCCCCGGGGUCAAAAAAUAAUGCUUGUUGCUAUCUUAUCAUUUGGUCUCGUGUAAGUUUUGUUCAAAUCCUACCAUCACUUGAGCAAAUCCAGUUGUAUCUGACAUAAUACUUCAGGACUGUCAUAAUUGGCAUAAUCCGCAUAAUCCUUCUCGAUGCGUUCGAUCGACACCCACCUGCAGACCUCUCGUACUCCACUUUGUUCUGUGUUUCAACCAUCGAAGUCGGCUUAUCAUUCGUUUGCGCCUGUGCACCGGCACUUAAACCUAUCAUCAUGCGCAUCAUCCCUAAAAUAUUUGGAGAAAGUAGUCGUUCACGCAGUGCCAAAAGAUCUAAUGAAGGAAAUGGACAGGGACGGACAGGUCGGCGACCGGAAGGUUACGAAAUGAGCAGGAGGACGGCGCAUACAGAGAUUGGGGCCGGUGAUAUAGGGGGAGAUUAUGAUAAAAUGAGCGAUAUCACUGAUGAGGAGAGUGGUAAGGGAAAGGGAGACGGGCCACACAAAGGUCAGAUGGGUAUUGCAGUAAGGACAGAAACUGAAGUGAAGUGGCAUGAUAACAUAUCUGUAAGCAAUGGGAAGCCAGUUAGGAAAACCGGUAGUAGUACCGAAAGUCUCGUAUGAAUAAUUGAUGGAUCACGGCUAGAUUUAGACUCGUAAUAGGCAAUGUCUUUCAUUUUUACGGGGUUUCGGUCAUCAACUCUAAUUGCGUCUAUCCUCCACGAUCGAAAUCAUCUACCAAUACCAAGUGCUCUCUUGACCUCAGACGUGCACCAUAUACUAUGCUCUGCUUCUAAGAUGGGCCCACGCCUAUCUCCAGAGAGAAACCGAUCGCGAACGCCUGCGAAAUAAUUCAUCUUGGCCUGAGACCAAUCAUAGAUAAUUAAAGCAUGGCGACGUAUGGGUGAACAGUAGACAUCGAUUCCUUAUUCAAAGGAUGAAGAAAGCAUAUAUCUCGUCCCAAAAAUGAUUAUUAGUUUCAACCCCUCUGCGUGUAGCGGCAUUCGCUUGGAUAACGUAUUAAGGUUACCUUGCCACUAUCAAUUAGCAACAAUGCACUAGUAUAUUUCACAAGCGCGAUGUACGUAUGAUACUA